AUGGAAAAUUUCAUGUCAAGAUUGAUGAGCGAUUACUCUGUAACAGACUUUGUAAUCAUUCGCGAUGAUGCUACGAUUGGAGAGCAUCAGCGUGCAGAGUUCAAUGCUAUUGCCACAUUGAGCCAACAUCAUGAAGAAGCAUCCCAACGUCCUUCGUUCAGCAACCCGCAAUCCUCGGCCAGUAAUAACGACGCGCCUACACUUCCAUCAAGAAAGGAGAGUUUUGAUGAUCUUUCAAUGGCGUCGACGCCAAAGGGUGGUAGCCGUCGGAAACGAAGCUUGUUGAACGACGAAAUGUUGUUACGUGGCAUCAAGAGGAUAGGAAGCAAGAACUCCCAAGCCUUUUUGAAAUGA